UGUCUACCCGUUCACGAUGGCCGGUUUCCUCGGUACCUCCAGAGGACUGAGGUCAUUGAUCUCAGGAGUGUGCACUCUUUGGGGAGGUACACUUUGCGCGCUCGGCUUCACGAUGACCAGUUUUUGCAGUCCAGAACAGUUCAAUACGACUCGCAUUCCAAUGUACAUGGGUCAUAUGCCUACUGGUACAACUGUGCAAAACCUUCUUCAUUUCCACCAGGUAUACAAAGCGAAGAAUUUCGUAAUGUACGACCAUGGUCCUACCGAAAAUCUUCGCCGAUAUGGCCAGAGAACACCUCCACCGUACCCACUGGAUCGCAUACGUUUGCCGAUUGCCCUGUUCUGGUCUUACGGAGACACGUUGGCCGGUGAACACGACGUCGGAACUAUGGCUGCCGCUCUCGGUUCCAACGUGAUAUUGAACUACCCGGUUCCUGUACGGACGUUUCGCCACCUCGACUUUGCCACUGGAUACAGGGCUAAUGAACUCUUGCAUAACGUUGCCCUCGAACUUAUACGGAAACGCAUUGGCCGGAACCUUUGAUGCCAGCCGUCGCAGUGUGUUCAUUUGUUACGGUGUUCCACUUGUGACCGGAAAGACACAAAUUGGAGUGCUACCACGCUGCUCGAAAUGCGAUGGCAGCAAGCCCCAUUGCUA